UUGAAAUAAAAUAAUUAUAAAUUGUUACGUUACAUAAAAUGGAUUCGCCUCAAAUAAUCUGUUAUUUCAUGCGUUAAUAACUGUAAAAUUGAAAUAAACAAUUUUCGUUCAUAAAAGAGUCUACAAAAAAAUUCAACAUGGCCGGUUACGGAGCGCCUCAAUAUGGACAGCCAGGAUAUGGUGCUCCACCGGGACAACCAGGCUAUGGGGCGCCUGCAGCUGGGUAUGGUGCACCAGCCGGAGCAUAUGGUCAGCCAGCACAGGGAUACGGGCAACCUGCUGGCCAGUGGGGAGCCCCUCAGAUAGACCCCCAGAUCCAGUCCUGGUUUAUGGCCGUGGACUCGGACCGCAGUGGCAGGAUCUCCGUGUUUGAACUGCAGCAGGCUCUUGUGAACGGCAACUGGACACACUUCAACCCAGAGACAUGCAGACUCAUGAUAGCCAUGUUUGACAAGGACAACACAGGCCAGAUAGAGCUGGCAGAGUUCCAGGCCCUGUGGACGUACAUCCAGCAGUGGAAGGGGGUCUUUGAGCGCUUCGAUGCCAACCGCACUGGACACAUAGAGGCACAUGAGCUGGGUCAAGCUCUGUCAUCUAUGGGUUACAACCUGUCACCUCAGUUCAUGCAGAUGUGCAUCUGUAAGUUCGACAUCCGUGGCCGUCAAAGCAUGAAGCUCGACGACUUCAUCCAGUGCUGUGUAAUGGUGAAGUCGCUCACUGACAUGUUUUCUGCACGUGACCCGCAGCGCACUGGUCGCAUUAACGUCUCGUACGAAGAUUUCAUGACCAUGUCAAUUAUGAACAAGGCAUAGACACUGCAAAACUUGUGUUCAAAUUGGUGAUUGCAUGAACAUUGGACUUUAUUAUUAGGCGGUGUGUACGCUUCUACAGAUUUUCUUUCUAGUUUUAUAAUAUUUUAUUUGACAGCAUUUAUUACUUGGUGUUUGGUCAUUCCUUUGUUAUGUAAGAACUUGUAAUCAAUUAAUAUCUAUGUUCCUAAUUAUAAAUAAAUGAAAUUUGUUGUAUAGUCUAAAAUGUAUUACUGCUUUUUUAUUCAACCCUUUGCUGAAAUGUUUUGAUAAUGUUAUAUCAUUGAAAUAGCUCUUCCUUAAAGUAAAAUAUAAUAAAUAAUUUCAAAAUUCUGUUGGAGUUUCUAUUUUGAUUGGGUCUAUAACUACGGUAUUUACUCUCACAAACAGUGCUCAUAGCUUUUGUGCCAUGGUAGCUCAUGUUGCAAUACUUUUUAAAUUAAAUUCACAUGUAAUCUGGGCUGAAUUGAGAACAUGUGUUUUGUUUUGUUGGUAAAUUACACAUAUACAAUGUUAUAUGUGAGAUUGACUUGGAUUUUUUAUGGAAAAUACUGUGUCCUUCAUUAAAAAAAAUUGUAUACAUGUAUGUAGCAACUUAAGAUAUGAUUUUCUUUUAAAUCAAUUUUUAACUAACAUUAAGUAUUGUUUAUUUGGACUUUUAAAAUAGAUUUUUUUGUUUCAUUAAUGUAAAUCAUGUUCAUUUAUAAACAAAAUUUGUUAGCAACUGAUAAUUUCUAAAUUAUCUUCAUGAUGACAAUUUUGAAUACAAUUUACAUUAAAAUUAUACUCAUAAGUGCUAAAUGUAUACUCAUUAGUGCUGCUAAAUGUAUUUGUAUGUACAUUUAAUAAUAAACUUUCUCUAUUUUGAAUGAAAUGAUUUUUUUUUAAUGGUUAACAUCUGUUUUUGUCUUAUAUAUAAAUAUUUAAUUUUCUCUACUUUGAAUGAAAUUAGAUUUUUAAGCUUCCCAAAAAAAAUUUGGGGGGAGCAUAUAGUCGCCGCUUCGUCUGUCUGUUUGUCCUUCCGUCCGUGCACAAUUUUUGUCCGGGCUAUUUCUCAGCAAUUAAUGACCGGAAUUCAAUUAAACUUUAUGGGAAGCUUCACUACCAAGAGGAGAUGUGCAUAUUAUCCGCCGGUUCUGGUCGGAUGAUUUUUCACAGAGUUAUGGCCCUUUGAAAUUUUCCAUAAACUGUACAUAUAGUGCAAUUCUUGUCACCCCAACUACUGACUGGAACUCAAUGGGAAGCUUAACUACCUUGAGGAGAUGCGCAUGUUACUUGUGGGUUCUGGUUAGAUGAUUUAUUUAGAGAGUUAUGGCCCUUUGAAAUUUUUAAGUUGCUAAACCAUCCAUCGUUUUAUUUUGUCCAAAGUUAUGCCCCUCAAGACGUUUCCUUUUAUCUGAAUAUAUAGUGCAAUAUUGUGACAAAAAAAAACUUUGGGGAGCAUCACCCGUCUCCGACGGUUUCUUGUUGUAAAUGUUUUACAGCUUUUUUUCUAAAGGUUUUGUGAAAUGUGUUUAUUUAUCAUUAUACCGAAACUUGUUGGUUUACAAUAUGUUUGUACUUAUUACUGGCAAACAAAUAAUAACUAAAUCAAUUCAA